AUGGCUGAAACGAACAAAGUGGAAGUGGUCAUUUCAGGCAUAGCCGGAUUAUUCCCUGAAAGUAACAAUGUGGAAGAAUUAAAAGAUCUACUUUUCAAUAAGCAAAAUGGAGUCACGUUGGAUUCAAGACAAUGGCCAAUUAACGAGCAUGGAAUAUCGUCUGGCGUUGGAAAGGUUAAGAACACCAAUCGAUUCGACAAUGUUUUUUUUAACAUACAUGGAAAGCUAUGCGAAAGUACCGAAGAUGUAAUCAAGUUAAACUUGGAGAGAUCUGUGGAAGCUAUUAUUGAUGCGGGAAUGAAUCCUGGAGACUUAUAUGACACGAACACAGCAGUAUUCAUAUGUUCUUCGGUAAGCGAAACCGAUACGAUUGCGAUGUUCGAUAACUCAAAGUUGGGUUUCGGCGUACUUGGCCACAACAAGGCCAUGCAGGCUAAUAGACUUUCAUACGUAUUAAACUUGAAUGGACCUAGUUUUACGAUGUUUUCGUCGAUCACCGGUGGAGUAGACGCUAUCGUAAUGGCUAAGCACAUGAUUGAAAAAGGUCACAUCAAAACCGCAAUAGUUGGUAGUUGUAAUUUAGUCAAACACCCUAUUUUAUCUCUGCAGCUAAAAGGUUUGGGCCUCCUGAACGACGGAAUAGAAAAUCGAGUAUUUAGCGAUGACGCCGACGGCUUCAAUAGAUCUGAAGCGUGUGUGGCAAUUAUACUGCAGAAUUCGUUGGAUGCGAAACGGUCGUACGGUACUAUAUUGGGCGCGAAAAUGGAACAGUUUGGAGAUCUGAAAGGAGUGUUUACCAAUUAUUCGACUGAUCGUUGUAAACAAUUAAUAAUGGAAGCGUACAAAGAAGCUGGUGUAGACCCUGCUGACGUUACGUACAUCGAAGCUGACGGAUGUGCGGUUAAGGAUGUAGACGCAAUGGAAUUAGAUAUAUUAAAAGAAGUGUUUUGGUCGACGAGCCGAAAGGAACCCUUGAAGAUUGGCUCAAUCAAAAGUAAUAUAGGCCAUACUGAUACUUCUAGUGGUCUUGUUUCGAUGAUCAAAGCUAUUAUCACUAUGGACAGUGGUUACAUUCCGCCUAAUAUAAAUUAUACUACACCAAAUAGUAAAUCAGAUGCAAUUACAUCCGGAAAAUUACAGGUUGUUACGGAAAAGACUCCAUUAAAUGGCGAUAUCAUAGGGUUGAAUAUUUUUGGUAGGACUGGAAAUUAUGGUCAUAUUGUCUUAAAAAAGUAUAACAAAUUGAAGAAGAAAAUUUAUGCGAAAGAUGAAAUGUUUGAUGAUGGACUACCGAGGUUAAUUUUAGUUUCCGGUCGUAGUGAUACUGGGGUCAGGAAAACAAUGAGAACGAUCGAACAAUAUAACGUCGACGAAGAAUAUGCGUCGUUACUGCAUAAAGCAUUUUUCAAAAACAUAAGUGCUCAUUUCUCUCGAAGUUUCUUAAUUAUUCCAACGCCGGGUCCAUGGAGAGAAAAAGACGUGCAUUCCAUCACGAAUGAAAAACCUCCAGUUUGGUUUGUGUUUUCUGGUAUGGGAUCACAAUGGCUUGGUAUGGGCACCCAACUAUUGAAGAUUCCAAUUUUCGCUAAAGCGAUCGAAAAGUGUGACGUGGUUUUAAAACCGUUAGGGAUCGAUAUAAUUAACAUUAUAACGAGUCUCGAUUCGACACUAUUCGAUAACAUAGUCAGAUCGUUUGUUGGAAUAACUGCAAUUCAGAUUGGUCUGGUGGACAUUCUGAGGGCGCUGGACAUCGAGCCAGACGGCAUAAUCGGACAUUCGACCGGUGAGCUGGGUUGCGCAUACGCAGACGGCUGUAUGACCGCCGAAGAAACGAUAAUGACGGCCUACAUGCGGGGCCGGGCGGCCGUGGAGACGGAGCUGCCAGACGGCAUGAUGGCCGCAAUUGGAUUGGGUUACUCGUCCGUCAGGGACCGGCUGCCGCACGACGUGGACGUCGCGUGCCACAACUCGGCGAACAACUGCACGGUGUCCGGGCCUACAGCCAGCGUCAUGGAGUUCGUCGACCGGCUCAAGUCCGAGGGCGUUUUCGCGAAGGCCGUGAGCGCUGGCAAUAUCUCGUUCCACAGCCGAUACAUACAGCCGGCGGCGCCGACUCUGCUCCGACUUUUGAGAAAGAUCCUGCCGGACCCGAAACGGAGAUCAUCACGGUGGCUGAGCACGUCCAUACCGGAAUCGCAAUGGGAUUCGCAUUUGGCUCGUUACUGUUCCGCCGAAUACCACACCAAUAACCUACUGAGUCCGGUGUUGUUCGAGGAAACGUGUCUUCACAUACCAAAAAACGCGGUAGUUAUUGAAAUCGCUCCGCACGGUCUUCUACAGGCUAUACUCAAAAAAUCAUUACGUGACAUGGUGAACAUUUCGCUGACUCAACGCGUGUACGGAGAUUCCGUGAGAUACUUAUUGAUGGCUAUCGGAAAAAUGUACUGCAAUGGGUUGAAUCCGAAUAUUGAAAUGCUGUACAAUCCGGUUAGUUAUCCAGUUUCUGCUGGUACUCCACCAUUACAUACAUUAUGUUCAUGGAACCAUGAAGAAGAUUGGCCCACUCUUAAAUUAGAAACACUGAUAAAAAAAAACAAGGGAGAAAGUAUUAUCUCACUCUCACCGGCUACAAAUAAUUCAAUUGAAGAAUAUGAAGUAUUCGGUCACCACAUUGUUCCAUUUUCAGCGCUUUUGUUUUUUGUAUGGGAAUCAUUCGUUCAACUACGCAAUGAAACCGAAAUGAAUUUACCUGUUGUGUUUCAAGAUAUUCAUUAUUAUCAGCACGUUAUCAUAAACGAGAACCAAUCCAAGGAAUUGUGUUCGACGAUUCAGGCCGGAACCGGGCGUUUUGAGUUAUGUUUGAACAAUAAAAUCGUAUUGUCGGGAAACAUUUUCGUAUUUGAUGAUUUAAAAUUCAAAAAUACUAUCACCACCGUACACAAAGAAAAUAGCUGUGAGGACCUAGUAUCGCUUAACCACGACGAAGUCUAUUCGAGUCUCGAACAGUUCGGGUAUUGUGUCGGUAACGUUUUCAAAACGGUUAAACGAGUUGAUAUUUUCAAAAACAAAAUACAGUGGAGCCUGUUGUGGGAUAACAACUGGAUACAUUACCUAGACGCGUUGAUGCAGGUACCGACCAUGCACCAUAUAGAAAAACAUGGCGAACUUUUGGUGCCAGUUUCCAUUCAAGAAAUAUGCAUUGAUCCGACUGCAGUGGAAGAUUGCGGAUCUAAAGAACUGCUUGCGCAGUACAACAUAUUCACCAAUAUGGUAACGUGUGAUGGCGUUAAAAUUUCCCUACCCCGUUUCGAAGUAUUGCCGCUGGAUCCAUUGGUAAAAACUACAUACCAACUGACCCAACAGAGUUUGGUUAACUUAACAAAUACAAGUUAUAACAAACCGAUAGAUUUCGUGGACAAAUGUAUUGAAAUAAUAUUAGAGUUCAGGAAAAAUGAUCACACAGAAAAUAUUUGUGUUUGUCCUGUAUAUGAUAGUGAAGACCAAACGAUGGAAACUUUUACUCAACAUAUUUUAAAAACUAAAGAUUCAUUUUUAGAGUUGAUAAAAUUUGACGUGAACUCAAAAUACCAAAGCAAUUACCCAGAUAAUUUAAAAUACAUCGUUUUAGCUCGAAAUGAACAAUUAUCGCAUGCAGUAUCAUUAAUGUCAAAUUUAAGUCAUGUUUACAUGAUUGUGGCUUCAAACGUGCCUAUGUCUGAUAGCGAUGAUUAUAUAGUAGUCAUACAACAGAAAUUUGGGAAAAAUCACUUAUCUUUAAUAAAAAAGAUUAUGAAAGUGGAUAGUGACGGUAUUGUGCACAGAUUGACUACAGAUAAUAUUAACUGUUCGGAUCAAUUCCAAAAUAUAUUGACCAGUUUAAAAUCUCUAAAUGAAAAAAUAUACAUAGUUUGUAAAAUUCUACCCUCAGAAGGCAUAUUAUCAUUAGUCAAAAAAAUGGACAAAGUACAAAAUACUCGGUUUUUCUUUAUCUUGGAAAACUCUGCUCCUGAAUUUAAUAUAAAAAAUUCAUUUUAUUCAAAACAAAUAGCUAAAGAUUUAUUAGUGAACGUUUACGAAAAUGGUGAGUGGUUUACUUACCAAGAAAUUGAGUUAAUAAAUUCUAUUACUACAAAAACGACGAUGAAAAAAACGCUUCUUGCUAACUUGUCAAAUACAUCAUUGCAAAACGUAUCUGUAAAAUUUAUUGGUCUCAAUCCCCAAGAUACGAGUGUUAAGACGAAAAACAACAAUGUACAAUACGAUAAGUUAGGACCCAUAGAAUACUCAGGUUUAUCGUCUAACGACUCAAUGAUCAUGGGUGUUGCACCAUUUGUGCCGACAAUCACUGAAAUAACAGCAGAUCCUAUUUUGAUGUGGACAGUUCCUAAAAACAUGUCCCUCGAAGAAGCGUCUACCGUUCCAGUACCAUAUUCAAUGGCGUAUUACAUAUUGAUUGAAAUUAGUAAACUAACUGAAGAAAAUUCCGUGUUGGUGCAUUCCGGUCUAACUGCUGUAGGUCGAGCUGCUAUUGACAUUUGUUUAGAGAAAAAAUGUCAAGUGUUCGUAACCGUUUCCGAUUCCAAACAAAUGGAAUUGUUAAAAGAACGAUUUCCUUCGUUACCACAUUCUAACGUGAUAAUUUAUGAUAAAGAAAAUUUCGAAAUCAAAUUUUUAAUGGCCAACAACAAGAUGAAUGUAAUAAUAAACUGUCUGGAUGGAGAAGACUUUCACGCCACCGUACGGGUGAUCGCAGACCAUGGGAAAUUUUUCCAGUUGACCAAAAGCGACAUGAAAAAGGAAUAUAAAAUGGGUCUGUGGAAAUUCUUACGAAACAUAUCGUUCUACGCCAUUAGUAUGGAGAGGAUAAUCGAGGAGACCGAAGAAACGAAAAGAAGGAUUCAAAAGUUGAUCGAAAACGGAUUACAGAAUGGUACAAUCAAGUCGUUUGAUCGCUGUGUCCUGGAAGGUGCGUGUUCGGGAAUUCAAGCACUGGAGACACUUGAAAAAUUAACACGGCAAAACGAAUUUAAACGAGUAGUAAUAUCCACGACAAAAGAUAAUCAUGUCGGAGAUGUGACGCAACAGUUCCAGUGCUAUUCAGAUCAAGUGUACUUCGUGAUUGGAAAUGGUUCAGAUGAUUGGCUGUAUCUAGUAGAAUGGUUGGCGCAAAGAAGUGCCUUGAAAUUAGUCGUGGCUCUAGAAAAAUAUUCACUCACACCGAUAGUUUCCCGCAAGUUCAACAUGAUAAUGAGCCGUUAUAAGGGUAUCACUGUACAAUUGGUAUUGCGAUCCUUAUUAAAUACCGAAGAGUCGACUUGCAAUCUAUUAAAAAAUGCAAUCACGACUUAUCCACUGGCAGCAGUAUUCUUCGUGAGCGCUGUCGAAGAAAAAUCAAUCGAAAAUAUGCAAUAUGCGGUGAAACAAGUCGUCGAGCAAAAUAAACAAAAACCUUUAUUCAUGUGUUUAUUCUGCGGGGGAGCGAAAUCAUGUGAAAACUUAAAGUCCAUCGGUGUGAACUCGAUGUGUCUUUCUUGGGGACAUAUGAAUGAUAAGCCCAUGGUGGCAAAAAUCUUACCCAUUCUGGACAAUUUGAUAAUAAAAUCUGAGACUUUGACCAACGCAGUGGUAGUUUGUUCCAAGUUUGCUAUCCAGACAAAAAAACUGAACAUUUUACAAGACCAUCAGAGUGACGUGUUUUUGCCGAGCACCAUCGAUGAGUUAUUAUGUAACUCCAAGUACAUAAUAAGCAAUCCCGAUUUCGUGGAAAUUGCUACGAAGAGUGUAUUGUACGCUGAUGCAAAAGGAGCCUAUCCCGUUUUUGUAUUGCCAGGAUUCCAGCCCAACUCUAUGAAAAAUCUCUACGAUAAUUUGGGUUACCCGACGUUUGAAGCCAGGUACCCUGCAAAGUUCGAAUCCAUUGAAAGUGUUGCUGAAGUUUUAGUUAAAAAACUCAGACAAAUAACUGAACACCAUGCGGUCACUCUGAUCGGGGAAUCGUGGGGUGGUUCUGUAGCACUGGUCAUGGCUCAACUGUUGGAAUCACAAGGAAUUUUGGUUUCAUUGUCACUGCUAAACGGUGUGCCGAGCACUCUCAUAAAAUGGACGAAUGAACACUUCAUUGUUAACAACAACCUGAACGCCACACUGCUGUCCAAAUACCUGUCUAUCAAUGACGAGGUGACCAAAAAAUGUCGGACUCAAAGCGACUGGGACAGCCAUCUGACAUUACUGCAAUCGGACGACGGUGCGUGUAAAGCCCUGAAUACGAUCCGGACGCAACUCAAUACGUUAAUAACACUCAAACCACUACACAACAAGCUGUUGUUGAUACCACAAGUGUUUGUUUCCAGUCAACUAUCCGAAGAUAAUGCAGAAUUAUUAAAAGAAUUUUGUAUCAAUAAACCCAUUAUUCAUAUUACUGAUGAAGUAAAUAGUCAAAAUAUAUUGAAGAACCAGGAAGUGAUAAGAACGAUUAACGAAAAAGUAGCUUUCGAUUAUCCACACACCUCGGUAAAAUCAUUAAACGACAAAUACAAUCAGCACUAUUUCAGCAUCGAAAUUCCAUUGGCGUGUUAAUAUUUUUUAAUGACAAAUUAUAAUUAUUUUAUUAAAAAUUUUAUAAAAUAA